AUGUGGACGCUGUCCGUGGUGCUGAACCCGCUGCUGUUUCUGCUUCUGUUCGGAUACUGCCCUUCAGUGACCAUCCGGCCAAAGGAAGGGUGGCAGGUAUACAGCUCAGCUCAGGAUGCAGAUGGGCGUUGUAUCUGCACAGUGGUGGCACCUGAACAGAAUCUGUGCUCCAGAGAUGCCAAAGGCAGACAGCUCCGCCAGCUCCUGGAGAAGGUGCAGAACAUGUCACAGUCAAUCGAGGUGCUGAACCUGCGGACGCAGAGGGACUUUCAGUAUAUCAUGAGAAUGGAGAGCCAGAUCAAAGGACUGCGGUCAAAGUUCCGACAGAUUGAAUCGGACAGGAAGACGCUGGUCAACAAAAACUUUCAGGAGCUAAAGGGAAAGAUGGAGUCCCUGCAGCCGCUGAUCCCUGUUCUGGAGCAGUACAAGACAGAUGCCAAGCUCAUCUCCCAGUUCAAAGAGGAGAUCAGGAACCUGUCUGGUGUGUUAAUGGGUAUCCAGGAGGAGAUGGGAGCCUAUGACUAUGAGGAGCUGCAACGGAGGGUUCUAAACCUGGAAAAUCGGCUCCGAAACUGUAUGAGCAAGCUCACAUGUGGCAAGCUAAUGAAGAUCACUGGGCCGCUGACAGUGAAGACUUCAGGAACCAGAUUUGGAGCCUGGAUGACUGACCCACAGGCGUCUCCCAAAGACAACAGGGUUUGGUAUAUGGACAGCUACACCAACAACAAGAUAGUAAAAGAGUAUAAAUCCAUUGAGGAUUUUGUGGAAGGAGUCGAGUCAAGAACCUACAACCUGCCUUUCAAAUGGGCCGGCACCAACCACGUGGUGUAUAACGGCUCUCUGUACUACAACAAGAUGCAGAGCAACAUCAUGGUGAGGUACAGCUUCGAGACGGGCCGUGUGGUCACUCAGAGAGCCCUGGAGUCAGCAGGCUUCCAUAACGUAUACCCCUACACCUGGGGAGGCUUCUCUGACAUUGACCUGAUGGCGGACGAGCUUGGCCUGUGGGCUGUGUACGCUACCAACCAGAAUGCUGGGAACAUCGUCAUCAGCCAGCUGAAUCCGGACACGCUCCAGAUCCUCAGCACGUGGAACACAGAAUACUCAAAGAGGAACGCCGGUGAGUCUUUUAUGAUCUGUGGGACGCUCUACAUCACUAACUCCCAUCUGACCGGCGCCAAGGUGUACUACGCUUACUCCACUAAAACCUCCACUUAUGAGUACACAGACAUUCCCUUUCAUAACCAGUACUUCCACAUGUCUAUGUUGGACUACAACGCCAGGGACCGCGCCCUCUACGGCUGGAACAACGGCCACCAGGUCCUGUUUAAUGUUACUCUUUUCCACAUCAUUAAAACUGAGGAUGACUCUUAA